AUGACGGUAGAAGCUAUUGAGAAAUCGGGUACUGUUGAAAAGAGGGUCAAAACAAUCAGUGUACGAGUUCUGCAUCUUGAUGAAACUGUGCAUGAUUUCAACCUUCUUCAUCAUGCAAGUGGUGCCGACCUUUAUGUUCAAGUGGUACGCAAGUUCAACAUCCUCGAAUCAGACUAUUUCGACCUAGAAUUUAUGAAUGAGGAUGGAGUCAGGUGCUGGCUGGACCAUACGCGACCCUUAGUGCGUCAGAUUGUCCAUGGCAAGGACUUGGUUUUCCGUUUUUGUGUAAAGUUCUACACCCCACAUCCGAACCUUCUAGAAGAGGAAUACACGAGGUACUUGUUUGCACUGCAAAUAAAGCGGGAUUUAGUCACCGGUGUGCUGAUAUGCAGUGAAAAUACAGCUGCGCUCCUUGGAUCGUACAUUGUUCAAGCUGAGAUCGGCGACUUCAUUAAGGAGGAGUAUCGAGACAUCAACUACCUGCGCAACUUGAAAAUCCUCCACGAGCCCAAUGACGACCGACUGAGGAGGGUGAUGGACUUCCACAAGAAUCAUGUUGGAAUGUCCCCGACGGAUGCAGAUUUUGCGCUCCUCGAUACGGCGAGAAAAGUGGAGUUCUAUGGUGUACGCCUACAUCCAGCACGAGAUGUAAUUGAAUUUCUCUUUGAUACUCGAAACGAUUGCAAGCGGUUUUGGAAGAAGUGCAUCGAGCAUCACGCCUUCUUCCGGUGUCCCCUUCAGGAAAGGUCCUGGCAACGGAGACCAAAGGUGGUUACAAAAGGCUCCUCUUUCCGCUAUAUUGGCCGAACACAAAAGGAGCUCAUCCGUUUCAUGCGUGAAAGCAAUGUUCGGAGACCACCGUUCGAAAGGCCAUCGACAGCAAGAAGAGCACAUCCAACGAUGCUGACAGGUCCCAACUACUCUCACGCACGAAUGGGCACCAUGUCGAUGACUUUGCGCUCCAAGUCCGCUGACCACCGACGGCACCAACUCUUCGACUCCAGCCAGCUUCAUCUCCACGGUGGAAUCAUCGGUAGUUCUCGCAACUUGCUGGACCAGGUUGUUUCCGGCGCUGACAGCGUCAACCAACUGAAGCGCGCCCACUCCAGCUUUGUUCCCAACGCUGGCAAUAUUGGAUUAUCGACAGGGGCUGUGGCGACAAGCGGGUACUCUACAAUGGGUGGAAGCAGCAGCGGUGGCCACUUAGCCGGUGAGGGAUUGGAUGCUGAUGGCAAAUCACUGGAAGAUAGCAAUGGUGAAAGAGGAGGUGAGGCAGUUGAUCAAGAGCUGGUGGGUACGAUGGUGCCUCCCUCUGGCCUCGUCCGCACCGACUUUGAUGGGCACCCGAGUCCCGUUGCCACUGUACCACCUGCCGUGCUGGCUUCUACAGCUUCGAUUACAAACGCUACUACAGCUAAUGCUGUACCCGCUGCAGCACCACCGCCGCCACCACCACAGAAGCCCACCAGAAUGGGCGCUACUAGUUCUAAUAGACGCCAGAACAACGAAUUCGUCUACGGACCUCAUGGUGGCACACUCAGGCGGCAGGCCUCCCUGGCUGAGCGCCGACCAGAAGAAAUGUAUGGCGUCAAAGCUAAAGAGGAUCUGGUACUCCACAGUAAGCAAAUGUCGACGUCGACAAUCUGUACCUUUGGUCAGCAGCCACAAACGUCAGUUCAAGUUCUUGUCAACCCUUCAAGUGGUGUGUUACCGUCAACAACGAGUACCACAGCGGUGACAAUGAACACUGUUAUUGCAUCAGCGCAGGUUAGAACUCCCUAUGCACAUGACACGACUACCAGCGAUGUGCUAUGCACCACCGGUUCUGAGAGGAAUCUACAAGUGUACACUUCAUAUCGUGAGGAGGAGCUGGUUCAAGCAGAAGAAAACGUCGAAGAGACCCAACUGCCUCCCUCCAUGAAACUACUAGGCACAACUUGUCAAUGCAAAACCACCGCAACCCAAACAGCCCCAGUCAGUGACGAGGAAGAUGAAGAAGUUGAUUGCGGGAAAUUGGGAGAUGUUGAAGUGAUGAAUGCUAUGGAGGUGCCUGUGAGUUCAAAUCCGGACAGACCUGGUCGGAAAAAAUUACGCCAACACUCAAAUCAAUCGUCGUCAGGACGCAUAGACUCCAUUUUCGAUGGGGGGACGGAUUCAUCGGCAACAGCUGCACAAAUCGUUGGAAUUGACCAGUGGAGUUCCAGUGGUACGGAAAGCACUACUGGAGUAAUUAUACGUAGCGGUGUUACAGCUGAAUGGACAAACGAACAGGAGGCGAAGCCAAAUCCAGAACCUUCAGUCACCCAAUCCCAACAGGACCGCGUAACUAGCUAUCCUAGGCGGACGGAGAAAUCAGAAAAUUUAAGGGGUAGACAAGACCUUCCAAUAUCGGCGGAACCGUUUAACUAUCCUGAGUUAACUCCGUUCGGCAUUGUUCCGCGUCAUCCGAUCCACUCUUCUCACUUGCUGCCUUCGCAUACGUGUAACGUCCAGAGCGGCUUCUAUGGCGAGGGAGUGGCCCCUUGUCUCUACAUGCAUCCACUUCGACUGCAGGCAGGCAUCCACUGCAUUUUAGCUGCACCAUUGAUCCUUCCCUUCUAUUCGGGCAAAUUGGGUGUUUGCUUUGACCCUCCAAUAGGAGAGGCGGAUAUUAAGAUGUGCCAACGACAGCACAGGGAUCGUAUCGCAGGCCUGCAUCAGCAGCACCAUCAUCAUCACCACGUGGGUCAUCGUCAUCAUCAUCAUCACCGCGGUCACCACAAGGGGGAGGAGCAUGGGGCACAGGGUCAAGCGCCACCGCCUCCCCCUCCAACCCCUGAUGUUUGUUGCCACGGUCAGCCACGAAAUCCCUAUGGUGCAUACAAUGAGAGCUCUCCCUCUCAUAAGCGCUCCCAUAGGAAGCGUGACUUGGUGCCUCCACGAGACACCUGUGCACCUCAAGCAUAUGCACUUACUAGGAGAAGCAAGCAUCGAUACAAGGAUGUGAAUGGACAAUCACGACCAGGAUCUGCAUCGAAAGUGUUUGAGGGAGGUGUUGGCGGUGGUAUUGGUGGUGAGGAGGAGCCACCAGCGCUGCCAAGUCACGGUUAUCAUACUCAUCGUCACAUGAUCCCCAUGGGCGCAUCUCAGCCACCCACGUUACCGCCGAAACCUGGUGAAACUAAAGAAGAUCUGCAUGUAUGCAAACUUCACUCUCAGCCUUCUGCUACUCCAGCUACUACCAUCGAUAGUGGUAGGAAGCGACGUCAGGAAGAGAGCAAGCCUUCCAGAAGCGAUGACCGAAAGCAAUCAACACCAGUCAGCGGACAUCAUCAUCAUCACCAUCAUCGGGUCUUGCGAGAACAGGAAGAACAGGUAGAGGCUCCGCAUCGUCUUAAACGUCGACCUGUUCAAUCGCCGGCACUUGUUGGUGAGGAACCGCAAUCGUGGGGAAUAUCUUCGCCGAUUCUCGGAGAAGAGAGGAGUCGAAUGGGAGUUACUCGAGCAUCUCCAGUUCUCUCUACUGUCGCCUCUACUGCAGGGAAAAAAAUACCGGUUCCCAAAGAGUACAUGGAAAAGAUUGGGGCCCAUAAAGCAAGUAUUGAAGCCCUGAAAAGAGAGCUACGUUCGGUGGAGACAGCGUCAUCUGUCGUCACUACUGCAAGCAAUGCAACUGCAAAGUUAAAUAUUGCGUCAUCUCGAGGGGGCUUGAGCCGAGGCAAUGCGUUUUCUCGAGGGCUCAUCCCAGAAGGUAGUGUGCAGCAUCCCCCUCCCUCCAUCUCCCCCUCAGAUGAGGCUGCAGCUCGUCUAGCCGACACCUCAGGGUCAGCGUCACUGGGGGACCUUAGAAAUGCUAUCCUAGCAAGCAGUAGUGGAAUGGGUGAGAGUUCCUUGCAAAAGAAGGUUCCUGCAAAGGUUGGAAAAGACAAUGAAGGAUUAUUGACGGCACCUCAGGAUACCACCUACCUGGAAUCAGAAUCUGAUUCCAGUCCAGAGCAGAUAGGCAUGCACACCAUGCGGCGCUCUUUGCGUGAAAGCGCCUCAAGGCAUUCAGCGAUUCCACCACCUGGAAUGUCUAGUUUUGGUGAAGUCCCAAAGCCUCCUUCUUUGCCACAAUCGUCCAGCUUCUCAUCAUCCAAUUCAUCUGACUCCUCUGUUGUCUCCUACUCUCACUCACAGUCUCUCUUCUCACAUGGUGCAGCAGUUUCGGCUGAUUCUAGUGUUUCGCAACCAUCGUCGUCCUCAGAUAUAUCAUCGGAGGACGAGCCAAGUUUUUCAUCAUUAUCGGCGUCACCGGAGUGUUUCCUGCGACGACGGCGACCACAUCAUCACCACCAUGCCUGUCACGAAUGUAUUUCUCGCUCCCAAGGCCAUCUACAAUCCUAUGUCAGCAGUAGCCAUCGUAUUCUCAGUCGCCAUCAUCAACAGAAUCGAGGCUACCGCCAAGAUCAGAAGUUUGAAGGAAAGCGGAGUAAAUCCAGUCACUCAUAUCGUGGCGGACGACCCGAUUCUAUGUUGUUGAAAAGGUUUUUUAAUGAUGAGAUUGCAUUGGAGACAAUCGCGCGUCAGCAGAAGCUAUUGAAACGUGAGUUGGCGAAGCAAAAACAACUUGCAGCAGAACUGGAGGAGGCGAAGAGACGAACCCAACGAUUACUAGAAGAGGAUGUCAAUAUGGAAAAGAAGAUUGAAGAACCAACUAAGAGGGAGGAGGGCCAGGAGAAGGAGCCAUCUCGAAAUGGAGGAAAAAGAGACUUCUCUCCAUUCGCCAGUUUCUCUCAUCGUGGACAUCAUCGUUCCUCAUCAUCUGGUAGAAGACAUCAUCGCCAUCAUAAGAGUCGUCGGCAUCGCCGACAACCUAGUUAUUCCGACGAAGAGAAAAAUUCUGAAGAAGAGCACAAAAAACUAUCAUCAGAGAAACUUGAUGAGGAUUCUGUUGAUCGUGCCUCCCACCAAAAGCGUGGUCAUUCAAGGAGUCGACACCAUCGACAUCGUAAAAUGAGUACAAAUGGAAGGGAUGAAUCUCAAACUACAACUAAGGAGAAAGGCAAUAAGGAGGCCUCGGAAGUCGCAAAAGAUCAAAAUUCGUCUUUCAGAGUUCAAAAGCAAGUGACUGAAAAGGGUCUUGGGAAAGUUAAUGAAGUAGAGGGACUUGUUCACGCUGAAGUAGAGAGGAAAGGAAAAAAUUUUGACCAGUCAGGUGAAGGGUUGCCUCCUCCCCCUCCACCUCCACAGUCUCCUCCACCGCCUCAGCGAGAAGAUAGCUCUACUCUCAGUCCAUCCCGGCAAACAUCAUCACUAUCAAAGUUUUCUGACUCGAGAACGUCAACCGCCGAGAAAAAGGUUAGCGAACCGGCGAUUGGAGAAGCUGUUUCAACCUCUCAGGACGGCAGUCGACAAUUAUGUUCGAUCACAGUUACUGAGGAAGCUGGUCUUGCAAGGGACAUUAUCAAAGAGGUCUUGAGGCACACCUAUGCACGCGAUGAUGCCAAAGUGUCUCCAGAAGCCUCUUCGAUUACUCAUACACCCCCAACAACUUCCUCUAUUACAUCGUCCCCUCAACUCAACAUCUCAAACGACCUUUCAGCCACCAAGUCCACGAAGAGAACAAAAAUACUAGAUAGUAGUUUUGUAAGUCCAGUGGAGACAUCGCAUCACCACGAGCUGACAAGCAUUUGCCUUGAGCCCGUUCCAGAAGGCCGCGUGGCGGAGACGUACUCGGCUAGUCGGCCCUACCGCCCUGAGCUCACCACUUUCCUUGGCACCAACAUCAAGGAUCAAAGGCAGGAGAAGGAGGAAGAGGUGGAGGAAGAAGAGGCGGAGGAGGAGGAGGAGGAAGAAGAAGUGGAAGAUGAGUCCGAUCUUGAUGUGGAAGAAAUUGAUUCCGACUCCACAUCAGCUAGUGAAGGCAGUGAGGACAUUGAACCCUUUCCUCUUCCACCACCCGAUCUCAUUGUCAUGAAGGAAAGUCACCACUCACCUCCCGUCACACGGCUACGGCGUGGUAGGGAGCUUCAUGAAGUUAUCGAGGAGAUGGAAGGUGGAGCAGUGUCAGAGACGUCAAUUCUUGAGCAUUCAGCACCUCUAAAACCCGUUACCCCCGUUCGUCUCUCUCAGGUUACAGUGGCGCAGCACCCCGAAUUGAUUGAGUAUGCUGGCUCCAGUCGUGUUGGUGACACCGAAGUUGGUGGUGUGGAAGAGGAGGAGGAGGAGGGGGAAGAUGAGGAAGAUACCGCCACAGCAAUUGCGUCUUUUGUAAUUGUUACGCCUUCGAAGAGGUCACGAAACCGUCGGAAGACUGCUAGACAGCGGCAGAAAUCAGCACAUGAAACAAAACCUACCACCGAAAACACCUCGAAGACCUGA